AUGGCAAUAUUUAUCACCUAUUAAUGUCUAUCGAAGUCAAUGGAUGUCUAUUGAAGAAGUAAAAUUAUUAGCAAAUUCAAUCGAUCAAUUGAUUUCGAUUAAUUCAUUCUUUUCAACAACCUUUAGUCAGAAUGUAGCUUUUGCGUAUUUGGGUUCAUCUAAUAGUGAUGAUAAAUUACAAAGUGUUUUAUUUGAGAUCGAAGCUGAUCCUUGUAAAGAUGGCAUGAAGCCAUUUGCGGAUCUUUCAGAAAUCAGUUGGUUUAAUUACGAACAAGAAGUAUUAAUGAUGUUAGGAUCAAUCUUUCGUCUGAAAAGUGUUCUACGUGAUGAGGAAAAUCAUCGAUGGCAUAUUAAAAUGAUUUUAUGUAGUGAUAAUGAUUGUGAUGUACAAAAAAUCUUUCACCAUAUGAAAGAACAAUAUGGUUCGAGUAAUACAAGAUUAGUCUUAUUCGGAAAUGUUCUUAUCGAUAUGGCUAAAUUUAAUGAAGCUGAGCAAUAUUUAGAGCGAUUAUUAAAACAGUUACCAUCGACACAUAAAAGUGUUUAUAAAUGUUAUCAUUCUCUUGGAAAAAUAUCGUUUGAAAAAGGUGAUUAUGAUCGAAGUCUGAAAUAUUUAUGUGAAUGUCUCAAUUUUCUAUCGAACUUAAAAUUAAAUGAUUCUCGAAUCGCAUACAUUUAUAAUAGUAUGGGAGAAGUUUACCAUAAGAAAGGUGAAAUUAAACAAGCAUUAGAAUUAUUUGAAAAGGCAUUAGAAGUUCUCCAGCAAAAUUUUACUGAAAAUCAUGAAUCUUCAGCUUGGUGUUACAAUAAUUUAGGUAUGAUUUAUCUAGAAAUGAAAAAUUAUAAACAAGCAUCGGAUUAUCUGAAGAAAGCAUUAGAUAUAAAAACGAAAGUACUUCCUCAUGGACAUCCCUGUUUAGGUAAUACAUAUACUAAUCUUGGUAAUGCAUAUUACUAUCGCCAUGAAUACGAUGAAGCAUUACGCAAUUAUAAAAUAUUGUAUAAAAUUUUCAAAAGAUCUCUUAAUCCUGGACAUCCUUCAAUCGCAAGAGUACUCAAGAAUAUAGGCUUGAUAUAUGAAGUUAAACAAAACUUUACUGAAGCAAAAAAGAUUUAUGAACAAGGACAUGCGAUUCGUAAAUUUUGCUUACCUCAAUGUCAUCCUGAUUUGA